AUGGCUCCCGCAAGAAUAUCAAAAGCCAAGCCAAAGACGGCGGCGACACCGAAGCCGAAAUUGAAGCAAAAAACGAUCACACCGAAUAAACCGCCUGGGGCGCGGAUGAAGGUGCAGCCUGUGACGAAAGCGCCGAAGGUGAAGACGAAGCCGAAUGCGAGCAUUUUGAGUUAUUUUAAGAAGACGGAGGAUGAGGACUUGUUUAUGGGGGGGGUGGAAGGGGAGGUAGGGGAGGGGGGAGAAGUGGACGAGGAAGAUAUGUACGGGGCGGAUGAUUACGUCAAGAGGCCCGUGGAGGAGGAGGGGGAAGGGGAGAGAUAUAAUGAGAAUGGGGGGUCGGUUAAGAAGAGGAGGUUGAGUUUCGGUUUGCAUGAGGGUGGGGAGGAAUCGAGGGCGGUUUCAGUGGAUGCCGAGUCGACGACAGUCAAAAAGGAGCAGAACGAGCCGAGGAAGCCACCUGCGAAGAAGAAGGUUCCAAAUCCAUUUUUGGACGACUCCUCUUCUGACGAGGACGGGGAUGAAAACGAAACGAGCAAUGAUGACGACUCGACGACUCCAUCAAGGGUGAGACCUACCCUUGCGUCUGCAGACCCCGCAGAAAAUGUUUGCGAGACUACUACCGGCGACAGACUUACCAACGGGACCAGGAUAACAGAUAGGGAUGACGAAGAUCAAGAUCAAGAAGUGAAGGGCAAGGUGCCGCUGCUGCGACAUGAGACCUCCGGAGCGAAUUUGACAUCGAAUGAAGGACCUGCAGAAGAGGAGCCAAUCGAUGAGUUAGGCGAAGAGGAAUUCGACGAGGAUAUCACCGGCGAAGAACUCCAAGCUAUGCGGGACAUGGAAGAGCAAGCCAUGCUGGAGGGUUAUGAAGAGUUUGGUAUGGACAGACGUACUGAUGAAGAGAUGAUGGAAGCAUGUCCAAUAUGCGGGGGCAGUUUGGCGGGUGCGUCAGAGCAGGUGGCUUCGGAGCAUGUCAAUGCCUGUCUGGAUGGGAAUCCGACGCCGCUACCGCAGCCCAAGCCACCAGCGGCACUCGAAGAGAAUAAAGAGAUCGAUGGUGCUGAGGUGGGAAAGAGGUUUGCGAAAGCGGCUGUGCCUAGACCAGGACAGGCGAAUCCUAUCAGUUUCGGUGAGAAGACUUCAGCUGGCAGCUCGGGCUCAGCAUUUGCUAAGCUCAUGUCUGGACAUGCUGAGGAUACCGCUUGGGCAGCGGCUGCUGCGGCAGAGAACGCCUCGAGAGGAAUGCCGGCGUAUAAGCGGACUUGUCCGUUUUACAAGAUUAUGCCUGGGUUCUCGAUUUGUGUUGAUGCCUUCAGGUAUGGUGCUGUGGAGGGCUGCAAGGCCUACUUUCUCAGUCACUUUCACAGUGAUCACUACAUUGGCCUCACGGCGAACUGGACUCACGGCCCGAUUUAUUGCAGCAAAGUAACGGGGUCACUCGUCAAGACACAGCUAAAGACAGCGGCUAAAUAUGUCGUUGAGCUUGAGUUUGACAAAACCGUUCCAGUCCCGCACACAAAGGGGGUCACAGUAACAAUGAUCCCCGCCAACCAUUGCCCCGGUAGCUCUCUAUUCUUGUUUGAGAAGGCCAUGGGAGGAGGCAAGACACAUCGGAUCUUGCACUGUGGGGAUUUCCGAGCCUGUCAAGCUCACCUUGAGCACCCUCACCUCCGCCCAGAGACAAUUGACGCCGUAACAGGCAAGACAAAGCACCAGAAAAUUGACGUCUGUUAUCUAGACACCACCUAUCUCAACCCAAAAUACUCCUUCCCUCCGCAAAAAGACGUCAUCGCCACCUGCGCAGAGAUGUCGUCCCUCCUCAACCAAGCCCUCAUCUCCAACGACGACAAAGAAUGGGACUCCCUCCUCCGUCGCCGAGAAGGCGGCACUCCAUCCACCUCAGUCAGCAAGUUCUUCACCACCACCACAAAUGACCCCCCACCACCACCUUCUAAACCACCUACUCCCACUGCCCCCCUGAACGCAUUCACCGCCCUCUCAGGCAACCCCCAACCCUCCCAGAGAAACCGCCUCCUCAUCCUUUGCGGCACCUACUCCAUAGGCAAAGAGCGCAUCUGCGUCGGCAUCGCCCUCGCUCUCGAAUCCAAAAUCUACGCCUCGCCUUACAAACUCAAAAUCGUGAACCAACUCGACGACCCAGAGCUCAUCUCCCUCCUUACUCCCAACCCCCAAGAGGCGCAAGUCCAUCUCGCCUCGCUGUCUGACCUCAACAAGGAGAAUCUCAUCUCUUACCUCGAGGAAAAUCGCCGGUUUGGAUUCUCCCGGAUUGUAGGGUUCAAGCCCUCGGGGUGGAACUACCGCCCCCCGAGUUUGAAGAGCCUAAACAUCAAGGCGGAUAUGGCCCCGGGUAGCGUACCGAUGGAACAGCUCUUGUAUGGAAAGGCGUGGAGGAGUAGGUUUCGCAAGGCGGAUUUGAUACCCAUGAGGGGAAGCACCAAAGAGGGAGUGUUAUUGGGGGUGCCGUAUAGCGAGCAUUCUAGCUUUAGGGAGUUGGCGAUUUUUGUGAUGGGUUUGAGGAUCGGGAGGGUGGUGCCGACAGUGAAUGUGGGGAGCGAACAGAGCAGGAAACGGAUGAAGGGGUGGAUUGAUCGGUGGAUUGUGGAGAGGGGGAGGUUGAAGGGCGGACGGCUGGAGGUGAAGGAGGGUGUAGAUGGGAGAGAGGAGGAGGAGGAGGAGGAGGAGGAGGAGGAGGGGGUGGUGUAUUGGUGA